UGGUUGCUAUAAAGAUAGGAUUGUACCUCCUGUCUUCAUAGUCUAGAGCUAUAAAAGCUAUAGGCUGCUCUGGCUGAGGGUGUGCAUCAUCCUGUGCAGCACAGUCAUCGAGACAGAAUCACAACACUUGCACCUUGUACCCUGCAGCUACUUUAAACAUGAGUAAAAAUUUCAUGUUGAGUGCCAAGAACUCAGCUGGAGCAGACUCAUGCAAACACCUGUAGUUUUACCAGAGGAAAACAAUUUUAAUCAUUUGUCCUUGGAGAUGUGCAGACUCUUCAUGUAUCAUUGCACAGAAAAGCUUUUUGUACAUUUUUUUAAAGUGCAUUGUACUACAGUCUGCAGCUAUAGCAAAAAAAAGGUGGUACUUUUUAUUUUUAAAAAUUUUUUAUAGAGUUAAUAAACUGUUAAUGUAUUGAAGGAAUUUUAUAAUCUGUUAAGCUUAAUAGUAACUAUAGACAGGGACUUCUAAACCAAAUUCUUAGAACAGAAUUUUUAUAAUAUAUUCUCAAGAAUGACAGUUCUUUAAAGGUAGCAAAUCAUUAACUGUGUCACAUGGUUUCCAUAUGAAUUUAGUUUCACUUUGUGUAGUAUCAAUAAGCCCUUUAACUUUCUUUGGAUUGCAAGUCUUGUAAAGGUAUGGAUGGGAAACCUGCAAAUACGCAAAUCUACAAUUUUUUGAAGUGAAAAAACCUCUAUCCAUGGCCAGUACUAAGGAACCAGUAAUGAAGAAUGACUCCACCAAUUAAAAAGACAAUUUACAUUUAUCUUUUCCAGAAUAGAUAUGUAUCAACAAAGUUAACAAUAUUUAGAUCAAAAACACAGAAAAAUGCAAGUCCCCUUUCCAUAAUAUAUAGAACCCUAUGACCAGGUGGCAUCAUCAGUAAAAAGACUAUUUUAGUAAAGCAUUUAGAUUCCUUUACAUGCAGUGAGGAGAGAAUGAUAAGUGGCAGUCUAACACAUGAUGAAAUUUACUAAGAAGAAUUUUGUUUUUUUAGUUGGUGGAAUUAUAGUUUAUGUAGUUGAUAUUGGAGUGGACUUUUGGGUAGCUAGUAAAUAUUUCUGUCAAGGACAAUAUUCUUGGAGUAUAUUGAUACUGUGUUUUAGAGGCCUUUCAUCAUUAGUAACUCAGAUAUUUAGUUAUGAAUGGUUUAAAAACGAUUGGGAAGGUACUGAUACUGGGAAGCUGAAGUGGAUUUUUCUAGUUCAUCUCUUUCACUGUGGAAUUUUUAUAAGGUAUUGGUUUGCUUUGAAAUAUGGGUACCAAGCUGCAUUUAAACUAAAAAGAAGUGGAGAUGCUUCAGAAACAGAUCCUUCCAACCUCAUUAAAAAACAAGCUAUUGAUGCAGUGACUGAUAUUAACAUGCUCAGGGUGUUCAAGGCUUUUCUUGAGACCACACCACAACUUUUUGUCCAGAUUUACAUCCUCUUGCAACAUGGCAAAACUAAUUGCUAUCAAUAUGCUGCCAUCAUUAUGUCUGUUUGUGGUAUCUCCUUUUCAAUGGUCGAUUAUCAGAUAUCAUUACGAAAAUCUCUGCCUGACAAAGGUGAACUUCGUGUGCCUUCCCAGUUCAUGUAUCUCUUCUAUAAACUGUUUACCAUCACUUCUUGGGUACUCAGUAUUUCACUGAUCACUUUACAAAGUGUUAGAAUUUCUGUAAUUCUGCUGAUAUUUCUUUGGAUCUGUGGCUUCACUUGGACUUUGAAACAAUGUACAACAUUUUGCAAAUCUAAGAAGAUGGAAUAUCUGUACAGAACUGUAGUUGGAAUAAUUCUAAUUUUUACAUUUUUUAACAUAAAGGAGAGUAGAACAAAAGUUUUCAUUUCUAUUUAUUAUGCUACUCACACUGUAGUAACUUUAAGUAUUUUGUUUGUACAUAUGUUCUGGAAACAUUCCAUUAUCAAGGAAAUACAUUUUAAAAUUGUGAGCAUCUUAACUGUCUUACUUUUGGUGUUAGGUAUUAUUUUUCUUGUUGUUUAUUAUAGACAUUUUCAUCCAACUACUUAUUACAGACCACAGGCAUGUUUAGAUGAAGUUGAUGGAGUGGCAGGACAAAAAGAUAGAGUGAAAAUUGGCAGAUUUGAAAAUUUUUUAAUGCCAUGAAUGGUAUAGAUCUUUUUUUUGUGCAGACUUCAAAGCAAAUACCUGCUGGACACUCUGUUUCUCUGUCAUUAUUUCUUAUGUAUCAUCACAUAAGGGACCAGAAUUAUUGACUAACUAUUUGUUUUCUGUGAAGCUGUACGAAGACUGUAACAUGAAUACUUAUCUGCUGGUGAAAGUUACUUUU